AUGAAGGAUUAUGCUACUGCUGCAUCAGCAAGCACCUCAAUUGAAGAAAAUGUUGAGAUUGUGAUUACUCCACCUUAUCAAAAAAUGGAUGUUUUCAACUUGACAGAAAUUGAAAAAAGAAAUAGGCACUUCAAAUUGUGUUGGGCUGCAUUGGAAGGCGAUUGGAACACUGCUAAAAGAAUCUACAAGGAAGAUAAUAUUGAUACACAAGUUAAGCUAUCAAAGGAUGGGGACAUCGCUCUCCAUAUUGCAGCUGUAGCAAGGCGCACUGCUGCGUCCAAAAGGAUUGAAAUUGUCAAGGCUAUGAUGGAGAAGAAUGAAGACAUAGUAAAGAUUAGAGGAGACAAUGAUAUGUUACCGCUUCACAAGGUAGCUCUAGAGGGAGACAAAGAGAUGGUAGAAUAUCUUUACGAAGUCACUGGAGAUGAGUUAUUAGAUAAUAAUGAUCGCUUCCACUUGCUCGUCAAUCUAAUAAACCAUGGUUUGUAUGAUGUUGCAUUGGAUUUGGUGGAGAGGCAUCCACAGAUAGCUCUUGCACGUGGUAAAAAUAAGGAGACAGCAUUGCAUCUCUUGGCACGAAUGCCUGAUUUGGUAGUUCAGGACACAGAUAAAGAAGGGAACAAUAUCUUGCAUUUGGCUGCAAAGUUUCCACUAGUAGAUAUACCUGAUAUUGAAUCGUCUGCAUUACAUAUUCAAAUGCAAGAUGACAAGUGCUGGUUCGAGGCAGUGAAGAGAAUUUCGCAUCCAAUGUAUGCUGAAGCUAAAAAUAAAGAUGGGAAAACUCCUAGAGCUUUAUUUACUGAACAGCAUGAAGAGCUGAGGAAUAAAGCUGAUAAAUAUACCAAGAAGAUUGCAACUGCAUGCAUUAUGGGGUCAACACUUAUUGCCACCGUGGUUUUCGCUGCACUUUUCACAUUACCAGGUGGCACCAAUGAAAGUACAGGGACUCCACAUUUUGUUCAAAAAGCUUCCUUCAUAGUUUUUACAAUAUCAGAUACUAUAGCGUUGCUAUUGUCCUCUUUCUCCAUAAUAGUGUUCUUAGCUGUUAUCUCUUCCCGAUGUGAAGAAGCAGAUUUCCUUUUUGGGGUGCGUUAUAGUUUGGCUUUGGGAUUACACUGGCUUCUAUUGUCCGUAAAAGCAUUGAUUGUAGCGUUUUGUGCAACUAUGUUCAUUGUCUUCAAAGAAGGGUUGCUAUGGACACCUAUUCUUGUUACGGUAAUGGCUAUUUUCGCAAUUGUCAACUACGAGAGUACAACUUGGACUAUCUAUGGAGAAGUGAUGCAUGAUGUCUAUGAAAACAGGUGA